AUGGAGGAACAACGCCGGGAAGACAGAGCUGAGUUUCGUGCUCUGUUAACCAGCCUCACUUCUUCCCAGGGCGCGCCCGGUGCGGCUCCGACGAACCCCCAGACGCUUGGGAGUCCUGGCGGUGCACAGAGCGGCUCCGGUACCCACCCACCUGUGCAGAAAGCAGCUGUCACACCUCCGCCGCCACUGUCACACGACGUGACGUACCAAGUGUUUCGUGAGUGGAGGAGACGUUGGGAGGACUACGCGACGAUGAUCGACCUGCCCAGCCUGACGCUGCCUAAACAGAGGAUCCAGCUACGUAUGUGCCUCACUCUGGAGACGCAGAGGGUGUUAGAGCACACAUUACAGGUGUCGCCUACCUCUCUCAAGCCAGUUGAUGAAGUGCUUGACAUUCUCCAGGCUCAUAUACGUGACUCCAACAACGAGGCAUUGCGUCGGCGAGCCUUCACUAGCUGUCGGCAGGCGAGAGGCGAGCCCUUCUCCGAGUUUCUCGUCCGACUGAAGAGCCUGGCGGAGGAAUUCGACAUCUGUAAGGCUCACCACCUGGACUGUGAAGAGGCCUGGAUGAAGCACGGUAUCCUGACAGGCGUCCACGACGAGGAAUUGGUGACCAAGAUUGUGUCCCUCGACGCCGCCUCUACUCUUGCUGACGUCAUCAAUGUAUGCAGGGCCCACGAGGCGACGCGGUCAGCCGCCUCUGCCAUACGUGCCUCACCUACAGUGUCUGCUGUCUCAACGUAUAAACAGACGAAGAAAGCAGCACACAAACCUGGAGUCCCCCCUCGCCAACCUUCACCCACUCAUCGGGCGCCUACCUCCUGCAGCAGCUGCGGCAGGCGAGACCACGGCCCGAAGGGCUGCCCAGCAACAGGUGUUACGUGCAGAGGUUGUGGGAAGACUGGCCACUACGCUUUGAUGCCCAAGUGCCCAGCCAGGCAGUCUACGUGCACUGCUUGUAACCGUCUGGGGCACCUGGAGAAAGUCUGCAAGCAAACCAAGGCAAGGAGUAAGUCGCAGCGACCCGAGAAGCCGAAAGGGAAAGAGGGAAGACACCCCACCUUCCACGUGGUGCGGUUACAGUCUCUCACAACGGACCCAGGGUCUCAUGAGGGCCCACCUGAGGCCUCAUGUCAGUCUCCUAUCAGUACUCGUGAUGACCCGACACCUCCUACUGUACGAGUGGAAGUGUUGCAUGACGGUCACUCUGGUGGUCUGGACUUCAUUCCCGACACUGGUGCCGACACGACGGUCAUCGGCCCACAGCACUUGAGAAUGUUGGGCAUCGACAGACAGGCUCUUGGUCCUCCUCCAUCCCUUGCCUACUACAACGCUGAUGGGACGAAGAUGUCUGCUGCCCUCGGUUCGCUCCAAGCCACACUAGUCUACGGCGAGCUGUCUUGUACGGGCUGGAUAGAUGUGCAGGGUUCGUGGAACACCCCACUUCUGUCCCGUGAACACUGUCGUGCUUUGGGGAUCGUGCCUCACGACUUCCCUGCUCAGAUUUUCUCAGCACGAGGCAGUGUCGCCAGUGUAAGGGAGGCGACAAACGCUCCAGCUCCACGUUCCAGCGUGCCUGCGUUACCUCUUCUCAGCACCACUUCCCCAGACGCAGCGAAGGAGUACUUCUUGAGGGAGUACCAGGAUGUCCUCUUGACAAAGGAUUCCACACAGGAUGCUCCACUCAAGCCGAUGUCUGGACCGCCGAUGAGGAUCCACUUACGAGACGACGCCCAGCCGUUUGCUGUCCACACGCCGAGGCUUAUUCCUUUGGCCUACAGGGACGCAGUGAAAGCUGAGCUGGACUCUAUGGUGGCACGAGGCGUUAUUGCUCCUGUUGGUGACGUCCCAUCUUAUUGGUGCCAUCCGAUGGUUGUUGUGCCGAAACCUGGUGGAGGUGUCAGGAUCACUACGGACCUGAGUAAGUUGAACGCACAAGUAUCUCGGCCUGCACACCCAUCACCCACGCCUUUUGCAGCCAUCCGGAGCGUCGAUGCCAGGGCACGCUACUUCACCACGAUUGACGCGUUGUGUGGAUAUUGGCAGAUACCCUUGCAUGAGGACGACCAGGCCCUGACUACGUUCAUCACUCCAUAUGGGCGCUUCAAGUACCUCCGAGGUCCCAUGGGUUUCGCAGCCACAGGCGACGCCUUCUGCCUCCGAGGAGACAUCGCGCUACAGGGAGUGCCACAGUGUGUCAAAGUCGUGGAUGACAUUCUCGUGUACGACGAGGAUUACUUCACACAUCUACGCCACGUUAACGACAUCUUGGCCAGAUGCCGAGCCCAUGGCAUCACUUUAAAUGCCAAGAAGUUUGUGCUGGCGGCUCCAUCAGUGUCCUUCUGCGGCUACAGGCUCUCCCAUGACGGCAUCGCAGCAGACCCUGACAAGGUUCGGGCCAUCACUGAGUUUGCUACGCCUGCUACGUUGACCGACCUUAGGUCCUUCAUGGGCCUUGUCAACCAGCUCGCCAGCUUCUCGCCCGACCUCGCUGCCACUGCUGCGCCUCUUCGCCCACUUUUGAGCCCCAAGAAGUCGUUUGUGUGGACGCCCGACCAUGAGCAAGCCUUCCAACGUGUGAAGAUGGCCUUGGCCAGCCCACCAGUCCUAGCUGCCUUUGACCCUGCUCUCCCUACGACUCUGCAGACCGAUGCUUCCCGCCUGUAUGGGCUGGGUUAUGCCCUACUGCAGGACCACGGUGGUGGACAGCAGCGUCUCGUCCAGUGCGGCUCACGUUUCUUGACGGAUACAGAGACCCGAUAUGCGACGAUCGAGUUGGAGAUGUUAGCUGUCGUAUGGGCCAUGGGGAAGACCAAGUUCUACCUCACAGGAUUGCAACACUUUAACCUCGUCACCGAUCAUCGCCCUCUAGUUCCCAUCCUAAACAGCUACUCCCUUGACGCUAUAGAGAAUCCACGUCUACAACGCCUCAAGGAGAAGAUCGCCCGUACAUCUUCACAGCUGUAUGGCGCCCGGGCAAGGAGUUGUGUAUCCCGGACGCUCUAUCUCGCUCUCCUGUUGGCUACCCAACGCAGGCUGACGAAGUCCUUGGCACUGAUACCGGCUUCCAAGUUAGGAGUAUCGCUACACUACGUGCGAUGGAGUCUCUUGCUCCGUUGGUGCCUCCUGAUGUUGCAGAAGCACCUCCUGGCAGUGACCUUGCCCUUGAGGAGCUUCGUACGCCCUCCCCAACGUGCUCCGCCCGUACUGGAAGUUACGGAGGACCUCUACUGUGAUGAGGAUCUCGUCCUGUACGGUGCACGAGUGUUGGUGCCUACAGCUCUACGUCGCCGUGUCUUGGCCCGCCUGCACGACAGCCAUCGUGGUGUCGAAGCCACCAAGCGCCGUGCUAGGCAGGCUGUGUUCUGGCCAGGCGUGGAUGCAGACAUUGCCAACACUGUUCGAGCAUGUGAGCCGUGCCAGAUUCUGCAGCCCAGUCAACAGCAAGAACCAAGACUCUGUGAUGACAACCCAACUCGACCAUUCGAGUCCAUUUCUGCUGAUUACUUCUCAGUUGCAGGGAAGGCUUUCUUAGUCAUUGCAGAUCGUCUGUCCGGCUGGCCUGUCGUCGUGUCCUGUGGCGCUGAUACGACGUCUGCUGCCACCAUUCGCCAUUUCCGCCGCCUCUUCAGGGACCUGGGUGUUCCUGUACGCCUGCGCACGGACGGUGGCCCACAGUUCGCCAGCCGGGAGUUUUCUACGUUCCUCGAGCGCUGGGGAGUCCGUCACGACACAUCGACGCCCCAUUACCCACAGUCUAACGGCCAUGCCGAGUCUGCAGUGAAGGCCGUGAAGCACUUCAUCCAGAAGGUGGCACCGUCUGGCAAUAUAGACUGUGAGGCGUUCGACAGGGGUCUCCUGGAGCUUCGGAACACCCCCAACCAGACGGGUCGCUCUCCAGCUCAAGUCCUGUAUGGUCGCCCUUUACGCUCUUGCGUCCCCGCACAUGCCAGCGCCUUCCAGAAACAGUGGCAGGCCAGGGACGAGAGUUGCGACCGUCGAGCUGCUGCCCGUCUCCGUGAUGCCACAAGUCGCUACGACGCUCACGCUCGGCCUCUUCCACCCCUGCAGCGAGGUGACGUGGUUCGGAUCCAGGACCCGACUACGCAGCGGUGGGACAAGGUUGGCACCAUCAUGGGCGUUGGCAGGUCACGGGAUUACCUGCUCAAGAUGCCCAGUGGCCGAGUGUGGUGGAGGAACAGGCGCUUCCUCCGCCCUGCUCCACCCCUAAACGCUUCUUCUACGAUGGAGGACGCCACUGCUCCCUUGGCGGCACCUGAUACGGUGGUGCCCCGCAGGUCGCCACGACUCCAGGAGAAGGCGUCCGCAGCUGCAGUCGCUCGAGUCCCUGUGGACUUCUGAGCGCAAAAUUGGGGGUGAGAUGUGGGUUAUGUAUUGUAUUAAUGCAUAUUACGUGUAUGUGGCAACACUGUGUAUUUCUCUGCGCAUUCAGCUAGCGCGUGAGCCUUUGCUCCCGACAAGGACAAGUAAAGAAUCUACGUGUACUGCGUGUAUGUCUGCCCCUUACUUAGGCAUACACGCCCUCCAUUAUACAUCCCGCAACCAACACAGGGUACACCGGUGUACCAAUACAUUAUGGUUUUUAAUCCUCCAUACUACAAAACACUAUCUCAGGAACACUGAGUUGCCAUCCGUGGUUAACGUGUUAACAUAAUGAAAGAAAUAAGAGGACAAUGACCCAAAAUUUGGUGUGGGGUCGUCAUGGUAAACAUGGGGCUGCUAGGGUAAACAUAUGAGGCCGUCGUGGUAAAAAUGGGGCCGUCAUGAGGGGUCAUCAUGGUCAGGGGCAGUCUUGACCAGGAAACGGAGGUGGACAGCAACGGCGAGUGCUUGUAAGGGGUGAAGACAUUGGCGUCCUGUGUUUAU